UAUCCCUUUUUUAAAUUUCUACAGAGCUCUGUACCAUGGAGUGUGGUAGCCAUGGAGUCUGCUCAAGGGGAAUAUGCCAAUGUGAAGAAGGUUGGGUAGGACCAACCUGUGAGGAACGUUCCUGUCACUCUCACUGUGCUGAGCAUGGUCAGUGCAGAGACGGAAAAUGUGAGUGUAGCCCUGGAUGGGAGGGCGACCACUGCACAAUUGCUCACUACUUAGAUGCUGUUCGAGAUGGCUGUCCAGGGCUCUGCUUUGGAAAUGGACGAUGUACCCUGGAUCAAAAUGGUUGGCACUGUGUGUGUCAGGUUGGUUGGAGUGGAACAGGCUGCAACAUUGUCAUGGAAAUGCUUUGCGGCGACAACUUGGACAAUGAUGGAGGUGAGUUAUUUACAAAACGUGCAUGUAAGAGAGCAAUAGGUGUGCCUGGAGCACAGUUUUAA